UAACACUCCAUAGCCCAGCACAAUGCGUGUCAGAGAUCUGUCUGUGCGACACAAGAGUAGAUGUGUGCUCCUAAUCUAGUUUAUCACUGAACUGCGCGAGAGAGAGAUUCGACAAAACACGACUCACACCACAACAUCAGUCAACGCGAGGAUUUCCAAGUGUGGGAUAUAAUGCCGGCGAUUAUAGGUAAAAAUUCCGACAUGGAGUUCGACUCUCUACAACCCUGCUUCUACCCGGGCGAGGAUGACUUCUAUUUCUGCGGCCCCGACUCUGCGCCACCCGGAGAGGACAUCUGGAAGAAAUUCGAGUUGCUGCCCACGCCGCCCCUCUCCCCGAGCCGAGCGGCGCUACCGGGGGAGCUGGCCUUCGCGUCAGGGGGAGACAGAGGCGACUCGGAAGCAGGUCCCAUGGGUUUUGGAUUAGGCGACCCGCUGGGCUGCGACUGGGCUUCAGAGCUCCUGUUCCUGCCCGAAGACGAUAUUUGGGGCGCGUCGGACGGAGACCUGUUCGGCGGCUGCUCCGCAUUGGAUAGUAACCCCAACUCCAUUAUCAUUCAGGACUGUAUGUGGAGCGGCUUCUCGGCCAGGGAAAAGCUCCAGAGGGUGGUCACAGAAAAGCUAGGCAAAGCCAUCUCCACCGCGGCUGCCUGUGGAGUUAGUAAAAAUGUCACUACCGCCGCGGCCAUCACAACCAAGGCGCCGGAGCUGAGUAUGGACCCCACGAUAGUCUUCCCUUUCCCCAUCAACAAAAGAAACGGUAGCAGCAGCAGCAGAUGUCCACCUGGUACGGCCCCCGCCACUACUGCCCACUGUAGCGCAGAGGAAACUCCGAGCGACUCCGAAGAAGAUGAUGAAGAUGAUGACGAAGAUGAGGAGGAAGAUGAGGAGGAGGACGAUGACGACUCAGACGGCGAAGAGAUUGAUGUGGUCACUGUGGGGAAGCGGCGUGGCUUGUCGCCAAUGGCGACUGGCACGGUCACCAUCUCGGUGCGGUCGAAGACGGGCACCGCUUCUGGUGCUGUGGUCUCAUCUGGUGUCGUGAGCCGAUUCGUCAGCAACCGGGGGUCUGCGGGGUCAAACUGUCAUGGGCAGGAGUUGAUCCUCAAGCGGAGCUCGGUCCACCAGCAGCAGCACAACUACGCCGCUCCCUCGCCGUACGCCUCUGACGACGAUCACGCGCCCCCCUCCAAGAAACACAAGUCAUCUAACGCUCCUCGUCAAUACUCCCGUCCCACCUCUUCAUCAUCAUCACCAUCAUCCUCGACAUUCUGCGGCUCCCUGACUGUGCCAUCAUCAACAAUGCCAGGUUCUAGAUCCAAACGCCACGCCAGCGGUGCCAGUAGCCCACGCUGCGGCUCCUCCGGUAACUCCGACUCCGAAGACUCCGAACGGCGGCGAAACCACAAUAUCCUGGAACGCCAGCGGCGCAACGACCUGCGCUCAAGUUUCCUCACGCUCCGCGAUCAUGUGCCCGAACUGGCGAGGAACGAGAAGGCGGCCAAGGUGCUGAUCUUGAAGAAAGCGGCGGAGUAUGUGUCGUCACUGGAGACAGAUGAACUGCGACUGACUCAGGAGAAGGACAGGCUGCAGGCACGGAGGCAACAGCUAAUGAAGCGACUCGAGCAGGCCAGGACUUGCUAAGACUUUUUAGUGGCACAUGACACACACACACACACACACACACACACACACACACACACACACACACACACACACACACACACACAUAUACAAAA